GUGGGACUGCUCUGUAAGGCACGCAGUGGUUUGCAGAGUGAUAGCCGCAGACACAACUCCCAGCCCUGGAAAAGGAACAGCUACAGUUGCUGUAAAUGUGCCUGAAAAGCAAUUUCCAAUCUUUGCUUUAGGCGUUUCGGCCGCGGAACAGGAGGGUCGGAGGACUGGGAGUGAUCGCUACCCGGGAGAGGCUGACUGCCAGGACCGGAGUUCCCAGAGACGCCGUGCCCCCACUUGCCCGGCGUGCGGGAUCGGGAAAGUGCCUGGACCUGCGCGGGGGCCGAGGGACGACGCCCCGCCUUCUCCCCGGAGGAGAACCCCCAAACCUCGCUCCCUUCACCACCGCCCCUAAAACAGCGGGUAAAAACCAAAAUCCCACCCACCCCCCACCCGCGGGGAGCGGCGGUCGGGCCUCUCAGGCGUGUACUCUCUGCGCGGCUCCGUGACUCGUCCGCGGACGCCGGUUCGAGCCCCGUCCCGGGCGCCGCGGAGCCUCAAACGUCCGUGACGUGGAUUUUCACGCGUCAGGAGGCCGCCACUCCCGCCUUUCCCGCGAGGAGCGACUGGACCCUGAGGAGAACUCUGGUCCGAGCACAGCGGCGGGUCGGCCGGCCAGUCACGCGCUCCUCUCCCCGCCGCUCCGCAGCUCGCUUUCCGGAGAGACCCGGAGAGCCCUCCUGAAGGGAUUUUUUUUUUUCCCCCCCUGGCUCUUGGAAGGGGGCUACAGGAGAAGAGCCCCGGAGGUGGAUGUUACUGAGCUGCGCGGCGCACGCGAGCUGUGAGAGGUCUGUGGCUGGCCGCGCCGAGUCUCCAGAGGAUUGUCCCCCGCAGCCGGAAGGGGGCCGCGGGGAGCGCUCCUGCCCAGCGGCAGAGGCCGCGGGCCGACCAGCCGCAGCUCGGGCCAUGCCUCUCCGUCCUCCCCACCGCGGUUGAUGCGGCGAGGGCACGCAGUCGCCCGCACCGGGACCCAGGCCGGGUUGCACUGCUUGGCCGCCCGCCCCCGCUUCGGCCUAGGAUUUCAGAUGCAUGCCAGGUUUCCACUGAUUGCCAGAAAUCAAGAUCACUACACAUGGAUCCCCAAAAUCAGCAUGGCAGUGGCAGUUCAUUAGUUGUGAUCCAGCAGCCUGCAUUGGAUAACCGUCAGAGGCUAGACUAUGAGAGAGAGAUUCAGCCUGCUGCUAUUUUGUCCUUAGACCAGAUCAAGGCCAUCAGAGGCAGCAAUGAAUACACAGAAGGGCCAUCCGUGGUGAAAAGACCUGCUCCUCGAACCGCACCAAGACAAGAAAAGCAUGAGAGGACUCAUGAAAUCAUACCGAUUAAUGUGAAUAACAACUAUGAGCAUAGACCUACCAGCCACCUGGGACAUGCAGGACUCUCAAAUAACACCAGAGGCCCCAUACUGAGCAGAUCAACCAGCACUGGAAGCGCAGCCAGUUCUGGGAGCAACAGCAGUGCCUCUUCUGAGCAGGGGCUGUUAGGAAGGUCCCCGCCAACCAGACCCAUCCCUGGUCACAGGUCUGAAAGGGCAAUCCGGACCCAGCCCAAGCAACUGAUUGUGGAUGACUUAAAGGGUUCCUUGAAAGAGGACCUGACGCAGCACAAGUUCAUUUGUGAACAGUGUGGGAAGUGCAAGUGUGGGGAAUGCACAGCUCCCAGGACCCUGCCGUCCUGUCUGGCCUGUAACCGGCAGUGCCUUUGCUCGGCCGAGAGCAUGGUGGAGUACGGAACCUGCAUGUGCUUGGUCAAGGGCAUCUUCUACCACUGUUCCAAUGACGAUGAAGGGGAUUCCUACUCGGAUAAUCCUUGCUCCUGUUCACAGUCACAGUGCUGCUCUAGGUACCUGUGUAUGGGAGCCAUGUCUCUGUUUUUGCCUUGCUUACUUUGUUAUCCUCCUGCCAAGGGAUGCCUGAAGCUGUGCAAGGGGUGUUAUGACUGGAUCCAUCGCCCAGGGUGCAGAUGUAAGAACUCCAACACGGUCUAUUGUAAGCUGGAGAGCUGCCCCUCCCGGGGUCUGGGUAAACCAUCCUGAUUUUUGGAGGUGGGUUGGACCUCCUGAACUUCUCUUGCUUUCAAGCUGUGGCUGUUAAAAAAGAUGCUGUCAGAUACUGGUUUUAUUUUCUUUGCAGUUUUCCCGUUUCCCACCUUUCUCCUCUUCUUUCCAAGGUUUGGCUCAUGGAUUGUACUCUUCUCUAAUGGAUGGUCUUCGGUAAGAGUGGACUGUGAAAUGCGUCUGGCUCCCCCUUAUGACAAGAGCCUCUGCCAUCCACUUGAGAGGGUAUUGAGAGCCAGUGGGCUUUUGUGUAGCCUUUUUGUUCUGCAAGCAACUUUCCAAAGUUGUACACGUGAACAUAUCCACACAUGUACACCCAGACUACAGUGAUUUAGAGCUGUAUUUGAUUGGGUACUCUGGGAACAGGGAAAUUGGUGUUUAAAGAAGCAGCCGUUUAAUUGCUUGAAUAAGCUAUAUAUUAAAUCUGUCUCCAAUUAGGGCUAUCUUCAUAGCAUUGGACACUUAAGUAGCAUGGGAGAUCUGUUUUUGUUACAAGGUUAAAAUUCUCCUUUAACCACUGCCCUCUCCUCUCUCCUCAACCUUCUAUCCCCUCAGUUUUGGCCUUAUCUUAUUUUAGAGAUGCCAGGUUUUUUGUUUUUUUUUCUGUGUAAUUUUAGGUCUGCUUUACAAUGUAAGUCUUCACAUUGGAGAUAUAUUGGUUGUAUCUUGCUCAUCCUUAUUCAAGCUUUCAUAUUUGUGAAGGACUCGACUCCCUCCCUUCUGUACUCUUUGCUUUUCACCAAAUUACUCUUGUCAUUGAGGGCACUUGGACAACUGAAGUUGAUAUUUAUAUCUGAUCAAUCUAUAGAUGUCACAGAACUAUGCUGCCUGAAGUGAUCUUGGCUCCUUAAUGGUUUUUGGCCACUUGGUUAGUUAACAGCUGGGUAGUUCUAAUCUUUUCUGUUUCAUUGCCUUAACCACAAAUUGUGGUGCUUUUUGUAUAUUUUAUGUAUAAAUCACAAAGUUGAAUUCUGACUAUUUUUAAGACAAAAGUCUGUUAAACUUUUUUAUUGUAAAGAAUAUUUAUUAUGCGAAUCUCUAUUAUUUUAUGAUAUUUAUUGCAAAAGACUGUUGAAAUGUACUCAUGUCUGAAUAUAACAAAAUAUCAAUACGUAACGGAAAAUAAGGUGACACGAAGAAAGUACAUAUGUUAACUAUAAUGCAGAAAAUAUAUUAAUUAAUGAAA